CCAAUUUUAAAGUUUAAAUUUAAAGUCAAAAUUGGUGAGGGGCUUGGGGUUCAUUUUAAAAAAAUCAUUUUAAUUUUUACGGCUUUGUCUAGACUCCACCAGAUCCAGGAAACCUUGAAUCCUUACACAAAGCUUGUUUCCGAAGAAAUCAAAGCAGCUAUCUGUGGCAGAGUAGGGGAUAACUGAAAAAAAAAUCUCGAAACCAAGUCGGGAAUGGAAAGAUUGCAGCGUAUGUUGGCCGGAGCUGGGGGUGGGUUAGGUCAACCGCCGCCGGAUUCUCCCACUCUCGAUUCAUCAGAGCAAGUUUACAUCUCUUCUUUGGCUCUCCUUAAGAUGCUCAAACACGGGAGAGCUGGGGUUCCUAUGGAAGUUAUGGGAUUAAUGUUGGGGGAAUUUGUGGAUGAGUACACUGUCCGGGUGGUCGAUGUGUUUGCUAUGCCACAGAGUGGGACUGGAGUGAGUGUUGAGGCGGUCGAUCAUGUCUUCCAGACCAAUAUGCUUGACAUGCUCAAGCAAACAGGCAGGCCAGAGAUGGUUGUUGGUUGGUAUCAUUCACAUCCUGGUUUUGGCUGUUGGCUAUCGGGUGUGGACAUUAAUACUCAACAGAGUUUUGAAGCUUUGAAUCAAAGAGCGGUUGCCGUGGUGGUUGAUCCGAUACAGAGUGUUAAAGGGAAGGUGGUGAUUGAUGCCUUCCGUUUAAUCAACCCCCAAACGAUGAUGCUUGGACAAGAGCCACGUCAGACAACAUCAAACUUAGGGCAUCUAAACAAACCCUCUAUCCAAGCAUUGAUUCAUGGGCUAAAUCGGCACUAUUACUCCAUAUCAAUCAAUUACAGAAAGAACGAACUUGAAGAGAAGAUGCUGCUGAAUCUUCACAAGAAGAAAUGGACAGACGGGCUGACACUUCAGCGAUUUGAUGCCCACUCCAAAACCAAUGAGGAAACUGUCCAAGAAAUGCUAAACCUGGCAAUCAAAUAUAACAAAGCAGUGCAGGAAGAGGACGAGUUGCCUCCAGAAAAGCUGGCCAUUGCAAAUGUGGGAAGGCAAGACGCCAAGAAGCAUCUAGAAGAACAUGUUUCUAACUUGAUGUCUUCCAACAUCAUUCAAACUCUGGGAACCAUGCUUGACACCGUCGUCUUCUGAAGUACCAAGUUUUAUUUCGAACCUCUACACUUUUAUUUUUGAGAAUUGUGAAUCUAAGACAAUUUUAGCCUCUCUUUUUUCACCCAAUUGUGUUGUUGACUUUCUGUUACUUAUAAGUGAUCCAACAUACUGUUGUGGCUAUUGUCCGCUUCUUAAUCUUGUUGCAAAUUGCAAUUGAUUUACUACAAUUUUAAUGUGUCCUUGCAUUUGGUUAACUUCUCUUUUACUCUACUGUUGUUAUGG